AUGGACAACUCCGGGAUUUUUGAUUUAACAGCCCCAGCAACUGCUAGAUGAAAAAAGGAAGCCAUAAGCGCCAAUAAUACUUCAUUCAAUCUAGCAAACCACCGCAGAAUUCGCCAAAUGGUAUCUACUCAAGAUGCUUCACGAUUCCUUAACAGCACAAUUACUCAAGGUGACGAAACUCAAAAAGUUUCAAAAAUAGAAGAAUUAAAAGAAGUCUCAACACAGCUAGGAAUUUUAAGAAAAAGGCACGAUAAAAAUAGAGCGAAUAAUGAAAUUUAUGACAAUACUCUCGAAAAAUUGAAAAAAGAGCUAGAACAAAUACAGAAGAUGGAAACCAGGACAGGGCUUAAAUUAGAUACUAUGAAAGAAGAAGCAAAAGAAAUGGAAGAGCAGCUGUAUGAUAUCAAAAAAAAACAAGAAGACGCAGAAAUGACAAGAAAAGCAUAUGAGCAUAUCAUUGAAAGAAUGAAAAUGACAAAAAUCAAUCUAGAGAAGCGAAACUUAGGAUUAAAUAAAUCAAUAAGAAGAGGCCAACAAACACUUAAUGAAGAAUUAGAUAAACAAAGAAGGACAAGAGAAGCCAAAAUCCAAACCAAAGAAGCCUUAAAAAAUUUGGAGAUAUAUACUAAUAGAGAAAAAACUGAAAUUCAAGAACGACUAGAAAUUAUUGAAAAAGAUGUAAAACAAAAGCAAGAAACUUCAAGAAAACGAGACGAAAGAUUUCAUCGACAGCUAGAAAUUGCUGAAGCUGCAGCCAAUGAAGACAGAAAUAUGAGAGCUUUACAGAUGAGAGAAGGGCUCUUGUGUCAUAGGGUCUGGUUUAUUUAUUUACAAAAAAAACUUAAGUGUGAAAUGGAUCGAUCUUCAUCAAUUGAAGAAGCUUUUCAACAAGUUAGAAGUGUCACAGGGCUGAAUGAUGCACAAGAAAUGGUUGAAAGAUAUCUAACUAGGGAACAAACUUAUGGAGAUCUUAUGGAGACUAUAAAUGAAUCAAAACAAAAAAUAUUGGAUUAUAUAGAGAAAAAUAACGAAAUGCUGGAAAAAAUAAAUUCGUUGGAAAUGACGAAGCUAGAAGGAAAUAAUCCUGCUAAAAAAUUAUCAGAAGAAGCUGCAAAGCAGUUUACAGAUAUAGAAAUUGAAAAAGACAAGCUAACUCCCCCCCCCCCCUCCGUGAGCGAACAAAACCAUUAGAAAAAUCGCCAUUUUUGACCAAAAACCCACCCUCCGUGAGUGAACAAAAAUUUUUUUAAUAGAAAAAAUUUUAAUGGAAAAAAAUUUUGAUAUAUAAGUGAUAAUUAGUAUAAUGAAAUCUAGAGCUAAUUCUGUUUAUUUUUAAACAAUUGCGUUUUAAAACAUAAAUUUUGCAAAUUAAAUUAAUAUUUGCUUCCCAAUUUUUGCAAAUUAGGAUUUUUUUAAAUUUCGAAAAAAAUAUUUUUUAUAAAAUUUAUAUAUAAAUUUUUUUUUAAAAAAAAAAAUUAACCCCCCUCCGUGAGCGAACAAAAUUUUUUUGUUCGCUCACGGAGGGGGGGGGGGGAGUAAGGAGAAUAAGAAGUGUGUAUGAAAAUAUUAAAAUUUGGUCAGGAAAAAAUUUAAAAAAAUUAGGGAAAGAGCCUUUGAGUUUUGAUUCUAAACUUAUUGACUGUGUUUUUUUGAUGAAAAAUACUGUAAGUCAAACACUUAAAAUGAUAAAAGAAAAUGUAAGGGAUAUUUAGAAUCAAACAAUUACUAAUUCUAAAGUUGUUUAUUCGAGACAGUUGAGUGAUUUACUCCCUGAAAAGAAUGCUGCAAGAAUUAGGCUAUUUAGUGGGGAUUAUAAUAAUACGGAUGGAGAUGAAGUCAGGCUGAUGCAAAGUUUGGCUCAAUAUAAUGAAACUCCAGAUAUUAUUGGAAGGUCUCAAAAAAGUGCUCUAGCAAAUAAACCGUAA